UUACCACUUCAUGUAAAAAUUACCCAUCUAAACCUGUAAAAAAUAGUAAAUUCAUCUUAAAACAAUUAUUCAAUAGUACAAGAUUCAAUGAUACUGAAUAUAUAAAUAAGAUUAUUAUGUAAGUGAAAAAAAUUGCAAUUCAAAGUCCGCGCCUUUUGUAUUUCGAUUUGAGAACCCCAUUUUUGAAGCGUUGUUGUGAAUCCAAUAUGGCGAUAUUUGAUGUUGUACUAUUUUGAAGGUACGUCAAAUUGACGAUUCUAUAAUGAUAAUUCCGAAGUGCACAUGUUUUUAUACAAAUGGGAGUUAAGUAAUUUACUGUUCAGGUGCAUUAGAUUAGCGCCACAAUAAUUGAUUCAUUACUUGAGUACAUAGUGUUUAGAGCGCUGACUAUCAUGACAGACACGAGACGAAGAGUUAAGCUUUACGCUCUGAACGCAGACAGGCAGUGGGAUGACAGAGGAACAGGGCAUGUGUCGUCAUGUUACGUGGAGAGGUUGAAAGGCACCUCGUUACUGGUGCGCGCAGAAUCAGACGGCUCGCUACUUCUAGAAAGUAAGAUACAGCCCGACACAGCGUACCAGAAGCAACAGGACACCUUGAUAGUGUGGUCUGAAGGUGACAACUUUGAUUUAGCAUUAAGUUUUCAAGAAAAAGCUGGCUGCGAUGAAAUAUGGGAAAAGAUUUGUCAGGUACAAGGAAAAGAUCCAUCAGUUGAAAUUACACAAGAUAUUGUUGAAGAGUCUGAAGAUGAGAGGUUUGAUGAGAUGUCAGAUAGUGUGCAGCCUGUGGAACUACCUGCUUGUGAAAUGGGCCGCCUUGAAGAUAUCAGUGAACUCGUGAACAGUUGUUUGGUGUCACCAGCUCGCAAAGACAAACUUGCUGCAGCCCUGGAAACACAACAUUACAUCAAAAAACUAUUGAACCUCUUCCACAUGUGUGAAGACAUUGAAAACAUUGAAGGAUUGCAUCAUCUUUAUGAAAUAUUCAAAAGUAUAUUCCUUCUCAACAAGAACACACUGUUUGACACAAUGUUUGCUGAUGACACUAUAUUUGAUGUUGUGGGCUGUCUGGAGUAUGAUCCAAGUUUGUCACAGCCUAAGAAACACAGAGAGUAUCUACGAGAGCUAGCAAAGUUUCGUGAGGCCAUUCCUAUAAAGAACAAAGAUUUGCUAGCUAAAAUACAUCAAACAUACAGAGUACAGUAUAUUCAAGACAUUGUUUUGCCUACACCUACGGUUUUUGAGGACAACUUGCUAAGCACUUUGUCCAGUUUUAUAUUUUUCAACAAAGUAGAAAUAGUGAAACUGAUAGAAGAUGAUGAGAAAUUUUUGACAGAUUUAUUUAAACUUCUUAUGGAUGAUAAGACUCCAGAUCAGAAAAGACGGGACCUAGUCCUGUUUUUAAAGGAAUUUUGUAAUUUUUCACAAAACUUGCAACCACAGGAUAAGGAUGCUUUUUAUAAAACUUUAGUAUCUCUCGGGAUUUUGCCAGCUUUAGAAAUUACUCUAAGUAUAGAUGAUCAGAAAACUAAGACUGCAUCUAUAGACAUUUUAACUUACAUUGUAGAGUUUUCACCUUCGGUAGUAAGGGAUCACACACUACAGCAAGCAAACAACACAGAAGAGGAGCAAAUGCUACUGAAUAUAGUUAUAGAGCAGAUGCUUCGAGACAGAGACCCAGAAUUGGGUGGUGCAGUGCAGCUCAUGGGUGUCCUUCGCAUUCUCCUAGACCCAGAGAGCAUGCUUGCAUCAGUCAACAAAAGUGAAAAGGCAGAUUUCUUAAAUUUCUUCUACAAGCACAGUAUACAAACAUUAAUAGCCCCUCUCUUAGAGAAUACCACUGGUGAAAAGCCCCUAAAGGAAGACUACCACACAGUGCAGCUACUCGGACUUGUACUGGAACUACUCUCCUUCUGUGUAGAGCAUCACACAUACCAUAUCAAGACCUGUAUAUUGAAUAAGGACCUUCUUCGUCGCAUACUGGUGCUGAUGAGGUCGACACAUACGUUCCUAGUGCUUGGAGCACUCAGAUUUAUGAGAAAGAUCAUCGCACUCAAGGACGAAUACUACAACCGAUACAUUAUAAAAGGAAACCUCUUUGCACCAGUUAUAGAUGCUUUCCUUAGGAAUAAUGGCAGGUAUAACUUACUAGACUCGGCAAUAUUAGAAUUAUUUGAGUUCAUCAAACUUGAAGACAUCAAGUCGCUUUGUUCACAUGUCGUCGAAAACUACGGAAAGAUCUUAGAGGACGUUGAAUAUGUACAGACUUUCAAAGCUUUAAAAACACGGUAUGAUCAACAUCAAGACAAGCUGAAGGAGAGAGACAGAGUGAGCGGCAGCGUGGGCGUGGCGGAGGCGGUGGUUCCGUCGCUGCUGCGCACGCGCUACCGGCGCGAGGCGCGCGCGCCCGACGACGAGGAGGAGAUGUGGUUCAACGACGACGACGAGCUCGACGACGACGCGCCGCUCGACGCGCAGCAGCCGCACCCGCACCCACACGCGCAUCAUGCGCUCGACGCUAUCGGAAAAAUAGUCGAAAAGAAGGUAUGCUCGAAUACAGAGACAGUGAAUGGACCCAGCAGAGUACUUCUCAGCACCACAGCGACCAGCAAGCCGACGCACACUGAUGUUCAGGUAUCCUCGCCCAGAUUACUCAAUAAGGGCCUGGUGGAUUACGACGGCGACUCGGACGAGGAAGAGGAAGGCGCGGCGGGCGCGGCGGCGGCGGGCGACGAGCGCGACGCCAAGCGGCCGCGACUCGCGUAGUGCCCGCCCGCCGCGCCCGCCGGGACUCCAUGGAGCAUGGCGUAAGAUAUGCAUACUGUACGCGGGGGUACCCACCUGUCCGCGGUUCCACGCGCGACUGUUGAGGGCCGGGCCGGGCGCCGGCCGUGCGGCUGUGUAUGUCGCGGUCUGGGCGCUAGCGCUCAGGCCGCGUUAUUGUGAUUCCUAGAUUCUAAGCACUCACCGUCACUGCCAUCCCUAGCUCUUCCAUCUCGCGUCCCCAGACACCUCGCCCGCGUCACGUCCAGCUGAUCGCAUUUACAAUCGACACAAUCGGUCGUUUAUAAUUGCUAUCGUUAGUCGGAACCGCUAGACAGUGAAGUACCCCUAGCAGCUGGGUUAUGUCCAUUAUUUGUAAAUAUGAAGUGCUGACACUCGAGUGUUCGACUUUAGUUAGUUAGUGUAUGAAGUUCUUCAUACUUUGUAGUGUAAUAAUAUACUUCAGAUGGCAUCAGAAAGUAGAACAAAUAUUGGUUACAAGGUGUAUUUAAUGUGAACUAAUUUUAACGAUUAGGUUACUUUUGUCAUGGAUUGUAAUCACAAAAAGUACAAAGAAAAUAUGAGUGGGAAUUAAAUGUCUAAUAAUAAAUAAUAAUAGAAAAAGAAAAAACACCCUGAAUGCGAUAUGAAAAUGUAAAAAUGUACGUAUUUAUAAAAAUCUUAGUUUAUGGAGGAUCACAAGACCAAUCUUUUUUUAGAGACAUUUAAAAUCAUAAUCUGUGCUGUGGAAUUGUUACUCACUAGUGCGUUAUUGUAUCACAAACAGAUUUCCAUCAAACAUAAUCUGUUGCCUGAACUACAUCAUUCAGCCUGGUAUUCAUGGUGAAGAUGUCUAGGCCAGCGUUAGAGACGAGUCGGUCGUGAACAUAUUUGACGUGGUUUCACAUAUACGAAUUAUUUAUUUCUCAAUUUAUUUGCAUUCCUUCAGUUGAGCUUUGUGGAGAAUACAUUUUGUACUUUUCCAAUAUUUUUUUUGCAGUAAUCAUUACAACCUUGUUUUAAGCAGUAUAUUUGAGAUAGUUAUCUAAUUGUUUGUAUUGUAACAAGUCUCAUAACAGCUCCCACUUUGUUGAGAGUAGAGAACAGUUUUGUAUCUCAUAUUUAAUUUGGUGACAUGCACGGCCCUUAACAAUGUUUUUAAUUAAGAUUAACAUUAUAACCACUUGCUGUAAAGUCGCCCUAUUUAUAAAACACGGACGUUUAUGGCAUGCUGUGAUUGGUUAGAAUGUUAAUAGUUUAAGGGUAAUAAAUAUUUUAUUUGAACUGAAUUCCCAAAGUGUGACUAGCUAUUUUUGUUUAAUAUAUUGCCUAUAAAAAUUUAGCCAAAAUUAGAAUUAUAUUUUUAGUAAAGAGUUGUGUUUGUCGACAUUUUGACUAGCCUUUUGAUUAUCUGUCAUAUAAGAUGCUAUUUCCGAUAGGAAAAAUACCUGCGUAGCUUUCGAAACACGAAAAAUAUCUAACAAAAGAAUAUAAAAGUUUUAUGAGGCGAUUUUUCGUUUAAUAUUUUACUGUUUCUACAUUUCUGGGCUUACACAACUUCGACUGCCUAUAAGACAUCAUUUCGGGUAGAAAAAUCGUAACUGAAUUCAACCGUUAUUUUGACCCAGUAAAUGUAACGGAAUCUGCCUUCUACAUUCGAACAACAUUGGAAAGUCAACUUGUAUAACAUGUUUAUCUGGAUCCCGACUAUUUUUGUAUACGAUAGUCUUAAUUACAUAUAAGGCUCUUUGUACACUCGCUAAAGUGUAGUUAGGUGAAAUAAAGAUUUUAUGGUGUGUCCUUAAUCUUUAUCGUAAGCUAAGUGAUUCAGUAUACGACUACUAGGACUAGGACAAGAAGUAUCGUAAUCAUGAUUAUCGAGUGUACUCAGCCCCUUAUAUUUACACCAUUCAUUUUGUUGUUUACUGGCAGCUAAAAUUAUCCACUAGUUGAUUUGUAUAUAAUAUUAUCUAUUUAUAGUAUUUCAUUAAACGCUAAACCAGUAUAGCAAUAGGUAUUGUUUUAUUUCGAUUUUUGUUUCUACUUACCUAAAAAUUAUUUUCUUUUUUAUUUGGGAUCCAGAUUUAUCAUGCUUUAUUUUCAAGGCAACCUGUUUUUAACCCGUUCGCUGCGGUCAUUACCUCCUGACCCUCGCAUGUGAGAUAAAAACUUACAUGCAGUAAGUUUCACUCACGGCGGUUGUAAUGGUUAGGUCGUAUGUUCUGCAGCAAACGUGUUAAGAUGUUAUAAUUGUAAACUUAUUAGCAACUUUUAGGGAUUCUCUUUAUUGCUAUAAUAUAGAUAAUUACUAUCUUAUAUGACCCUGAUGGAACGAAAUAGCUAUUUGUGGAUCCAUUUCAUCACACAACUUGACAAGAAAAAUAUAAUUAAUUUAACGUUCUAUUAUUUAUUAAUUCAUUAUAUUUUUAAUAAAAUAGUUUGGUUAGUCUGUCACGGUAAUGUUUAGGGGGAAUAGACUUUGAUUGUUUAAUGUAAUGUCAUGAGAUGGAUCCCUCUGCUGUCCCACUGUCUUCAUUGCCUUCAUGUAAAUGAAUUGUAAAAUCAGUAUUAAAAUUUUCUUUACUUUCAACAAAAUGUUUCCUAUCUUUUUGCUUAUAUACGAUCGUUUGUAGCUUUUUUACACUGCGAAAGUAAUGUGUAUGUGAUAAAAUUAUCUGAUUAAGAUCCAUUUUAUUUUAUUACUAUAAACCUCUAGUUUUAUCAUUCGUAUUUUGUAAAUAAUAUUAGAUUUUGUAAAAUACACUUAAUCUGGUGAUUAUAAACAUCUAUCUAUAAUAAAGUAAAUAUUUUGCAUAAUCACAUGUCGCCAGAAACGAGUUAGAUAGAGUGGUCCAAACAUUACACAAUAAACAUUAAUCAGAACUGAUCUCAGUCAAGUCGUUUACUGGCUUCCAACUUGUCGAUAAAGAACCUAAUAUGUAGCAGUGCUCAAAUUUUAUAUCUGGUCAAGGGUUUUUAUAAUUUCAUUAUUUCUGUAUUAGUGUAUCAUUUUGUAAUAAAAUAAUGCUCUUCCAUAUGUAUCAAAAUUCUAACUUUAGAUACGUUCGUAAGAUCUAGUUUUUUGUAGUUGCAAGUUUAACAUAAGGUAUAUUUCGGAAAUAUAAUGUUUCUGAUAUAGUGUGACACAAGAUGCGAUGGAGCCAUAUUAUCAAAACAUAUUGAAUAUUAUUUUAAAAGCAUAGCUUGGUGUAAUACAUUUAAUAUUUUUUUAGUUAAAUUGAAUAAUGCUCGUGGAGUAUAAUUUAAAUAUAAAAAAAUAUGUGCAACAGUUGUCAUAGACAUUGUUCAUAAUAUAAUUUAUAUAAUUAGCUUUAUUGUAUCUCGGUUACGAACUCCUGGCGGCAUGAUUAUUUGACAAAUGGAUGAUAAACAAUUUGUGCAUGACACUGUGAUUAUAAAGCUCGGCUGACUGUAGACUUGAAUGCAAUGCGAUCAGCCCACCCUCUACUUGCGAUGCCUAUAUUAUACGUUACAUUUGCAAAAGUAACUGAACUGAGCACAAAUGUACUGUGUACACAGUACCGCUUAAUAAUACUUUCCCCAAAUUAUUUUCGGCUUGAAAUCUUUAAGCUUCAAUAUCUAACCUUUAAUUACCUUGUGUAACGUCUCUAAAAUACAUAUCAAUUUUAAUAUGUAUUUGAAAAACAAAUUAUUGAUCUCUGUCAUAAGAUUAUACAUCUUAGCAAAGAAAUCCGCUACCGCCAUUAUUGUAACAAUAUGAUGGUCACACUUCUAUAUCAGUGGAAAAUGACUUCGGCUUUUACAGUGAAAACGAGGCGAAUUCAAUUAUUACAUACGUGGAAUGAAUUUGUCAGAAUAUAUUGUAAAUACAACGUUUUAUGUAAUAAUUUUAUUUUGAAAUCUGCCAACAUCCACGUGUAUAAUAGGCUAAUAGCAUCGAGCAGUCAAUUAGAUUUAUACGAUUCUUAUAUUCCUUGAAAUAACUUCCCCAUUAAUUAAAACACGAAGUUUUAGGUGAAAGUAGACUGUAAUAAUGACUAUUUUUUAUCUGUCUAGGUGGAUGACCAUCAUAAAUUAAUUUAUACACAGAUUAAAAUAGAUUUACCUAUGGGCAAGUUGUGUAAAAUAAAUAAGCUUACGAUAAUGCUAUUAUUAUGAUGUCACUAGUUAAGUAAGCAAUAUAAAUAUAAGGUAAUAAUUACGAA